UCUAAUUCUGCAUUUCUAUCCACCACAGAAAAAUCUCUCCAACAAUUCCCCUUCCACAAAUUCUCAUUCCAAUGAAUCCGAACCCUAGCAAUAGUAAAUUCCACUCUCCUAGUUCCUUAUAGAGUUCUCUCAUGGCAAUUCUCCACUGGACUCAACCUCUACACUUCCCCACCGCCUUCACUUCUCCACCACUCUUCUUCUCCUCCUCCAUUUCAUCAAGAACUGUACACUGUAAAUCAACUAAAGACAAUCAUAAUAACACAGCAUUGGUUUGGUUCAAGCAUGAUCUUCGUAUUGAUGACCAUCCAGCUUUGAUUACUGCUUCGAAUUAUCGUUCUAUACUUCCUCUAUACAUUUUUGAUCGUCGGAUUGUUUCUCGAUUUUCUGAUGAAACCCUAGAAAUUGCAUUACUAGCAUUAGCUGAUUUAAGAAAGGAUUUGAAGAAUCAUGGGUCUAAUUUGAUGAUUAAGUUUGGUGAUGCGGAGGAAAUUAUACCAGAGCUUGUAACUAAGGUGAAUGCUGUUGAUGUGUUUGUGGAAGAAGAGGUGGAGUAUAACCUUAGAAAUAUGGUUCAUUCCGUUGAACAAUCUUUAUCGAACGUGUCAUCUGGGCCUCCUCGGAUUGUUUUGUGGCGGACUCCAUUUUAUGAUGUUAAGAGCUUGAAAGAGUUGCCUGCAUCAUACGUUGACUUCGAGAAGCUUAAAUUGGCUCCUACAUCUCCACUAGAGUGUCCAGUUUUACCUUGUUGUGAUCUGGAUUUGGAUUGGGAUAAUGUACCUACAGUUGGUGAUUUAAAGAGAUACAUGCAUGAGAACAUAUGGAAAUUGAACCAAAGUUGGACCUCGAUAAAAGUUAUUUCUGCAGAAAGUAUCUUAAGGAGGGACCAACUCGGGCGUGUGAAUACGCAAAAUCAUAUGACUGAAGUUCUGGAGGAACCAAAUAUGGUUGAAGACACUGAUCAAUUUAAUUUGCUCAAUAAGCCAACACAAAUGGAAGAACAGGAAAAAUCUGUUUUUGCAUCAAGAACAGGAAAUGUUGUGGGAGGUGGAACAAGUGUUGUGUUGAAUGCUUUGGCUGGAUAUUUGAGAUAUCUGGAGGAUACUUCUAAAGAUGAUUGGCGGGAGGUGCAUGAGAAAUUACGUAAUGCUGAAAGUAGGACUGGAGCUUCAUUCCGAGUCCUAUUUGGGUCUGCUCUUUUUCUUGGCAUCAUAUCUAGAAGAAGAGUAUAUUAUGAAGCUAUAAAGUAUGAGAAAGAACGUAAUGCAGGCUUUUUAUCUCCUUUUGGAUAUUCAGCAGAAACUGUCGCCGCAGCAGUUGACACAGUUUCUUCUAUGGAGUGGUAUUGGGUUAUGGCUUUAAAAAGCCAGAUAUACAAUGAAGGACUUUAUCCUAUUAGGAUAUGGAGAUGGAACGGCUAUGUGGUUCAGUAUACGGUUGUUGGUCGUGAAGGUCCUGCUAUUCUUCUUGUACAUGGUUUUGGUGCCUUUUUGGAGCAUUUCCGUGAUAAUGCAAAGUGCAUAGCUGAUGCAGGAAACCGAGUUUGGGCAAUUACCCUAUUGGGAUUUGGAAAAUCAGAGAAGCCAAACAUUAUAUACACCGAACUCAUUUGGGCUCAAUUAUUGAGGGAUUUUGUUGUUGACGUUGUGGGUGAACCUGUACAUCUUGUUGGCAACUCUAUCGGUGCCUACUUUGCUGCUAUUGUUGCUGGUCUUUGGCCUGCUCUGGUUAGGUCUGUUGUGCUUAUGAAUACUGCUGGUUCAAUCGUUCCAAGCUAUUCCUCAGUUCCAUUAGCAGAAGAAAGACAAACAUCAGGUGUCUCUUGGCUUGGCAGUCGAAUCCUAUCAUUUUACUUGAAAAUGAGUGUAGGGAGCAUAGUGAAGAAUUGUUAUCCAAGUAACAAAGGGAGAGCUGAUGAUUGGCUUAUUAAUGAAAUGCUAAGGGCAUCUAAUGAUCCUGGUGUGCUGGUAGUUCUUGAAAGUAUUUUCAAAUUCAAUCUCUCAAUUCCACUUAAUUAUCUUUUGGAACCCUUUGAAGGAAAAGUCUUGAUUAUACAGGGAAUGAAAGACCCACUUUCUAAGUCGUCGUUUAUAUUGUCUAUGUUUAAGAGACAUUGUAGUGGGGUUGAAACUAAAGAGUUAGAUGCAGGGCAUUGCCCCCAUGAUGAGCGGCCAGAGGAAGUGAAUUCCUUUAUAUGUGAAUGGGUUCAGACCUUUGAAAGGAACCUUCAACAGUGCUGAUAUGUGAAUGGGUUUAAACCUUCGAAAGGAACCUUCAACAGUGCUGAAAAAAGAUUCGCUGCAUUUAAUAUAACAAUCAAUCAACAUGCCAGUUUCUUGGGGUCUCUUUCAAUAUUGUUAAUGGAACUAUUUCCCCUAAAUGAACAACUCCAAAGGACCACAAAUGGAUUAGAAGGUGUUAAUUUGUCCACAUGUCUAUGCUUCAUGGUUUCAUGUCUAAGCGAACUUUUGUAUAUAACACCAAUUUUUGUGUUUGAUCCAAGUCGAAUUUUUUUUCUCUUAGCCAUACUUUAGUUUAUAAGAAAAAGUAUUGAGCUUUGUUAA